GAGUGCCGCUGCUGCAGUGUCUCUUCUCAUCUAUAUAUUCACAGGAGGAGAGGUCUGUUGUUUAUCCCGCAGUUGUUUCCAAGCGCGCAUCACCAUUACCUCCAAAAACGAGCCGGACUCUUUAGCGCGCGCUUCUCGGGUGCUCCAAUACAAGCGAGUGAUCGGCGCUGUCGUGGGCAUCGUCAUGGUCGCGGCGCUAAUCGUCGCGAUCCCUCUUGUGCUCCAGAUCUCCGUGAUCGCAGCGCACUACGAGAUGAUGGGCACCUGCCGGAUGAUCUGCGACCCGUACAACCCUAAACCGAGCGCCAACGCGCUGGAGGUCAUGCAGGACCUCAGCGGCAUCCCGCCGUCCUUUAAUCAAGGGACCAGAGGCGAACCGGGACGGCCGGGCAAACCUGGACCGAGGGGUCCGCCUGGCGAACCUGGCCCGCCUGGUCCGAGGGGACCACCUGGAGACUCAGGAAGACCCGGAUUCACCGGCGUCCCAUCGGGGACAGCGAGGACCGAGACGGGAGACGUUGUCCCCGCGUUAGGGAACGUCAAGAUCGCGUUUUACGUCGGUCUCAAAAAUCCCCAUGAGGGCUACGAGGUGCUCCGCUUUGACGAUGUUGUGACAAAUGUGGGAAAUCACUACGACCUCACCACCGGCAAGUUCACGUGCCAGGUGUCCGGGAUUUACUACUUCACCUAUCAUGUGCUGAUGCGCGGCGGGGACGGCACGAGCAUGUGGGCAGACCUCUGUAAAAACGGACAGGUGCGUGCCAGUGCCAUCGCGCAGGACGCGGAUCAGAACUACGAUUACGCGAGCAACAGCGCGGUGCUACAUCUGGACUCCGGAGACGAGAUUUACGUCAAACUCGACGGAGGAAAGGCGCACGGAGGGAACAACAAUAAAUACAGCACAUUCUCCGGCUUUAUUCUGUAUCCAGAUUGAGAUGCCCAAUGCUUUAGUGACUUCUGAUGCUUUGAGAAAAUAUGGAUCAACUGCUCUGUGCGCCUGCGAGAGAAUAUCUGCGUUGUCUGUUCAGUCCCGUUCCGUUUUUAAAGAUGUGCUGUGUUUGUAUGGCUGUUUAACACAGAAUGAGACAUGAAUCAGGAUCUCACACAUUAGUUGACACUCUUAAUGGUUCUCUCUCCGUUUGUCAAAUUAUUUUUUAUCCAAUCAACAUUUAUGAGCAAUGUUCAUUAUUCACAUAUUCAAAUAUAUUUUAUAUAUUAUUCUUUUAAAUGCAAAAAGCCUUUGUGAAGUUAAUUUGAUAUAUGUACUGUAUGGAUGAUAUUCAAUUAUUAUGGGUACCCUCGACAGAAAAGCUGAGUACACAACAACCACUUUAUUAUUUCAAGAACCUUAAAAUCCGCCCUCAACUGAAUUGUUACAUUCAUCAGUAGUCUAUAUAGUAGUGGUCAUGAUCGUAUUGCAGAACUCUUUGUUUCAAACAGGGGUGAGCAUUAGAGAAUUACAAUAUGUUUUCUUUUUGUACGUAAAUAAGCGUGUGUGUGUUUUAAUGAAGUGUUGUCUCCGGGACUUCACUUUUGACCUUAUACAGGUUCUUCUGAGACCUCCAGCAACAGCGCAGAUAAUCUGCCGUGCAUGACAAAACCACAAUCACAACCUGAAAGAAAUUCCUGAACAGAAAGUCUCCAUCCUUUGCAGUUGAUGCAAACUGACAUUAUAGUGCUGUGAUUUGGAUUGUGGUAACUCGAAAAGCAAAGAGCUUUUCUAAUCUAAAACCUGUGUGAAGAAAGAUUAAUAAACAUUCUCAAACAA